AUGUUCAAUAUUGGCUCAGAUGGAGGAAUCUCUAGAUCCUUCUCCAAAAACUUGGAGGAUUUUGAUUCAAUACGAAGCGUCCUUCUUUACAGUGACCUUGAGCCUGAAUGGCUGGAUGAUGUCCAGAAGAAUGGUGAGCUCUUCUAUCUGGAGCUGAGCGAAGGCGAAGAGGAAGCAGUAUUGGCCCAGGUCACUGCCAGUCAUUCUGCAGCGACCAAUCACGUGCGCUUCAGCGAAAAGGAGGUAGAGAUCAUAACGGACGAUGCCAGGAAACGGGCGGACUCGGGGGCCAAGGGCAUUCCGAAGCUUAAGAGACUGGCCAAGAUAUUGAGGAGGAAGCGGCGGCCAUCGCAGAGACGAGGGGCUGAUGGGAAAGAGGGCGUGUCCUCUUCGCACCCCGCCUCCAUCCUAAAGAACCAGGCAGGACAGAGGGCGGGGGUGGUGGUGCAGCAGCAGCAACUGAAGGAGGUUUGCGUGUACCUGAACCCCAAACGGCUGGGGAGUUCUUCUCCUUCACACACGGAGAGAGGGGGGCUAUUGGAAGCAUUACUGGGCGUGGUACACAGGAGUGGAAACUGUACAGGACAGAGAGGGGAGAGACUUGUCGUGCAUGGCUUGGUACCUCACAGCCCGGCCAGCAAAUGUGCUCAGAUCCUCAUUGGUGAUGUCCUGGUCGCUGUUGACGAUGUUGACGUUACAUCGGAGAAUAUUGAGAGGGUUCUGUCUUGUAUUCCAGGCCCAACGCAGGUGAGACUGACUCUGGAGACGGCGUGUCCGGGGGGGUGUGUGGAGACGGCGGUGCCCAGGCAGAGGGCCUCUCCCCCGGUCAGUCAGCUCGUCAGGCUCCUGUGGAGGGAGGACACGGCGGAGCUCCAGAUGUCCAUAGGCCACAUUCCUCACAUCGUCAUGUACCUGUCACUCAAACUGGACUCCGAGUCCCCGCACGAGGAGCAGGAGAUUCUGUACCAGUAUCCUAUGUCCGAGGCAGCUGUUCCGCUUAAAGGAGUCAGAGGGAUUUUCCUCACGCUCUGUGACCUGCUGGAGAACGUCACAGGAGGGCAGAUUAUCAGUUCGUCCCUGUUGCUCAAGAAGCAGCUGGUGCAUGUUGGGUACUGGAAAGAAGGGAACAACCUGCUGGUUAUUGGCCUGCCUGCAGACAGGGUACCGUUGCUGUAUCUACAGACGGUUAUUGAGGGCGUCGUGCGCACUCUCAAGGUUAUGUACGGAUCUUUAGACAGCGCCUUCUGUGAGGUGGAGAAUGGUCCUCAGUUGGACCAUUUCUUCUGCCUGUUCUUCCAGCAGCUCAUCCAGCCCUCCAGACUGUUCGACGGCUCUGGCCCCUCCUCCCUGGACGUGUCGGGGACGCUCUUCCUGGACGGACUCCCGGCCGUCCGCUGGCUCACUCUACCCCCAGACAUUAAGGUUGAAAUUGAUACAGUUCUCUCCGACUUUGAGUCUUCAGAUUUUGGUGAUAUGUCUGAAGAUUUUUAUGGCAUGAGGCGUCUGUACGUCAUUCUGGGUUCCUGUCUGUUCUAUAAGGGCUAUUUGAUAGCGAACCACCUGCCUAAGGAGGACCUGUUAGACGUCUGCCUGUACUGUCAACAUUACUGCCUCCUGCCACUGGCCUCGGAGCAGCGGGUGGGACAGCUGGUGGUCUGGAGGGAGGUGUUUCCACAGAGACGAUCUCAGCCCAGCCCCCUGGUCACGCGGCUGGGCUACAGCGAGCCCCAGGGCCGCUACUUCCUCCUCAUCGUGGGACUGAGACACUUCAUGCAGUGUGUGUUACUGGAGGCCGGAGGUUGUGCGUCUCCCGCUCAGGGCUCCCCGGGGCCAGACUGCGUCUACGUGGACCAAGUCAAGGCCACCCUGCUUCAGCUGGAGGGGCUGGACGCCGGCAUCGAGGAGCGCCUCGCGGCUCCGCCCACCCCUUGCCUCUCGUGUGCCGAUUGGUUCCUGCCUGCCGCCGCCGGGCGCGACCGGCUGGACGCCAUUGGCAGCUCCCCCGUUCUCAGCCGGCUGGCCGGUGCCAUCAAGCCGUCUUCCGCCUCCCCCGGAGGGCGAGGGGGGGGGCGUAGCCUGUUUGGGGAGGCGGCGUCGGCCCUGCGUGGGCGGCGCCCCAGUCCGCAGAGGAGCCUGUCGGACAGCGGGAGCGAGGGCCAGGGGGAGGGGCCCGGGCCGAGCCCGCACUCCACCCCAGACUCCGCCCGCAGACUGCCCGGCGCCCGACGAGACUCUUUGGGUUCGGGGGGCUCAGAUGGUAGUGCAGGAAGCGGAGGUCUCUUUAAGAUCCCCAGGCUGAAGCAUCCAAACCCUUUCUACCUGGGCUCCCUGAGGAAGAGCCUGACUGAGAGAGAGACUGAUGACAUGCAGAGCGCCCUCAAGCUGACUGCCGGCGUGGAGAACACUCUUUUCCACUACGUGUUGAUGGAGACAGUACAGGGCAUCUUUAUCGCCCCCACCCACAGGGAGGUGGCCCAGCUCAGCGGCUCCAUCCAUCCGCAGCUCAUCCGUAACUUCCACCACUGCUGCCUGUCCAUUAGGGCUGCCUUUCAGCAGAGCCUGCCGCCCAGGGACAGGCGCGGUGCCGACAGACCACAGCGAGCUGGUGGCCUCGGUCCAGUUAAAGAACACGGGAUUCUCUUCCAGUGUAAACCUGAGAACUGGACCGACCAGAAGAAGCCAGCGCCCACAAUGACCUACUGGGUUAUAGGACGGAUGCUUCUAGAACCUGUCCCUCAGGAAUUCUACGUGUGUUUCCAUGAUUCCGUGGCAGAGGUUCCCGUGGAGAUGGCCUUCAGGCUGUCUUUCGGCUUAGCCUUGUGA